CAAAAUGUAAUCAUCAUCAUUGUUGUUGUAAACAAACAUGGUGACUGCGAGUGUAUUUGCUGGAAUAAGAUCGUAAUUAUUAAUCACCGGCUUCUUCGCCAAAUCCGGUUUUACGCACACCUAUUUCGAAAUGAUAUUCCUAAUGCCCUCAGCUAUGAAAUUUUUGUCGCGGCACCGGGUUUUAUUUGCUUCCUUCAUAAUGAUAUGGAUCGUCGGAAUGGUCAUCACAGUAUCCUUGAUAGGCCAUACGGGCGAAGCCAAAGUUGGUUAUAUGGAUAACUUAUUAGGGCAUUCUGUGCCCCUGCAUAAUGGAUUACCUCCGAUGGACAGCUUUAAGAUGAUGAAGCCAGUGAAGUAUUGCAAUCCGCACGACAGUGUACCCAUCGGACAAGAAGGUAAGGUACAAGGGAACCUCACGCUGGAAACCGUCGUCGUCCUUAUCCGGCACGGGGAACGCAUGCCGUUACGUCAGGUCCGUGACGGAUUCCAGCUGAGCUGUGGUGACAAGAUCACCCUGGGCAACCCAAUAAUCAAGAAAUACUUCACCACCAUACGCAAAUAUCACCAGUUGCACUCUCAAAAGCAAACCAUAUUCUCCAGCUUCGCAACCCACCCCAAUCUAGGAGCCUGUCCCAUGGGACACCUGACCUGGUCCGGCGUCCUGCAACACAUCCAGCUCGGGUCGGCUCUCAGUCGGAUCUACAACGGCAACCUCUGGAGGCUCCUUCCCGAAGGCUGGUCCGCGGACUCGGUCCGGUUUUACAGCACCGUCUUCUCCCGGACUUACCAGAGUGCUCUCGCGUUUCUCUACGGGUUUCUGCCUGCCAUCACGCUCGAAAAGCUUCGCAUAAUUCCGUCGACUGACAUAAACUUCUGUUUUGACGGGCGUUGCUCCUGUUCGCAGCUGCGCAUUUACGAGAAACACUUGACGCGGAAGACUAAGCGGAUGUUGAACAACCACCCUGCUGUCAUGAGACUGCUGGAGGAGGUCAACGCAAUACUGAAGCCGACGUCGAAUUCCAGCGACAUCGUCGCUGCUCGACCGCUGAUGGACGUGCUGAUGGGGUUCGUCUGCCAGGGAAAGACGUUACCGUGCCUACCGGGGACGCGUGACUGUGCCAACAUCGAUCAUGUGCGGAACAUCAUGUCUUACCUUGAUUGGGAGGGCAGACAGCUCGCGGAUGACUCGGCAUUCCGUAAGAGCAGCAUCUUAAAAACGUACAGCCUUCUCAACGAGGUUCAUCGUCGAAUACGAGAUACGUUCGAAGGGAGGUCCGGAAUUAGAUUCCUCCUUUUCUCUGGGCACGACAUCAACCUGACGCCCGUCUCUUCCGCGUUGGGGUUCGACGACGGAGUCAUUCCGCCGUAUGCCUCCAGAAUCGUCCUGGAGGCGUACUCGUCCCCGAGGCAAGGGAACGACCGCUACUUACGGGUCUUGUACAACGGCAAGGACGUGACAAAGCACGUUACGUUCUGCGGCGGAAUUAAGCUCGCGCACAAAUCUGGUUCCAGUGCUGUCGGCGACGUCGCGUUGUGUCCGUUUAGGAAUUUUACGAAUUUCCUGGAACGGGACGUGCCAAAGUUGUUUUCUGCUCAAAACUUUUUAGCUGCAUGCGGCAUCGACGGUGCAACAUCUACGACAUGGAGGUCGUCGUAGUGGUUGUUCUGUUUAUUUUUUUUUGCUUGUUUAUGAUUUUUUAGAUGAGUUGUCAUUAGACCGCUAUAUAUACGUUGCUUAUUUUAAAAGUCCUUUGACUAGUCACACAAUUUUGACAUGCAGCCACCAAUGCACAAUCGUGACAUACAAUUGUCUUCUUUUUUUUUUUUGUAGCUUGUAGUGGUUUAAGGCGGGAUGAUGCAUUCAUAAAAGUAAUAUUUUACAUAUUUACACGCGCCACUUAAGCUUAACUUUCGUAACCUGGGGCAUAACAUUACUCCCAACAAACCUCCACUUUGUGACAAAUCUAGCGGUGCAUUAUUGCUACAUUAGUCUUCCUAAAAUUUAUAUCUUUGGUUCUGGUUAUUUGUCAUGUGACAAACGUGGAUAGCAUUUGAAAAAUCUGCAUUUGAAAUCUACAUAGAAUCUUAUCGUACCGUUAGUUGAUGAGAAGGCAAUUCUUCCUCACACCGUUACGUCAACGUCCCAUUUUAGUCAAACUUGGGAAUACAAAAGUGCAUUCUACAUACUUUGAUACUGUCACACAUUCGUCAUGCCCUAGUCAGAAAAGAGGAGGAAUGUUCUCCAGUUUCUUAUUGUGAAAAUGUGUGCACUAUCUACUUGAACUUAGAAGGCAGCUUUCAUGUGCCACACAGCAGGUUGUGAUAGAGUGUUGUGCGCAUUUAUGUACAUAUUGGGUUAUAGCAUAUAUUAUGGUAUGCUUCUAUAAGUUAUUGAGAUUCGAGCAAAGCCAGGUAUGGACAGUGCCAACAGCGUAUAUGUUAACAAAAUGGUCGGGCACUGCAGGGACUCUCUGGCUGUGGAUGUGUUGCAUGGUUAAGCUAUAGAGUGACACACAUGUACGACACAUGAAUGAGUGACACAAUGUCUCGAUGCAAAGCAUCCUGGGAUGGAUUCUGCUGAAGUAGGUCCUCGCUGAAGCCCUUAGCUUUCUCCGGUGGAAAAUUGACUUUUCGGUGAAGUGGGAUUUAUAAAUGAAUAAAGUUAACGGGCCUUUGCGUCACACAUAAGUGCGCACUGCUUCCUUAUGUGUGUAAAAUGCACUGCAUCUGUCUGAUGUUGUCCGUAUUUGCUUUGUAGCACUGAUUUGUAGUACGUGAUUUACAAAUCCGCAGGUAAGAGAAACGUCACUGAGAGAAGAGAGACGUCACUGUUGCUACGUUUCCUUUCAACGCGGCACAUUCAGCUGUGUGAGUGUCAGCGUUAUGGGUCGUGUCGGGUAUCACAGUUGUGACUGAUCGGGUUCAUCCCGCGAUUGCGGAUCGAUUGACAUCCUUACAUGAUUUUGUACGCCAUAGAAUAGCAUUACAUGAAAGACGUACGAUUAUGUGGAAAACAGCAGACAUGGCUAGUUCCGCAAAAUUUAGCCGAAUCGCAGAAAGCUAGGGGCUCUAAUCAUUGCAGCGCGACCCAACAGCUAAAGCUUUCAUCAGCGGGUUGUCGUACAGAGUUGUCAAUCCUGACAACGAUGCUGCCUCUCUUGUAGACGCCGUGAAUGAGAAAAAAAAAAAAAAGUGGACAGCGUGCAUUCAGUAUGAAUAGGAGAUUGAUUUCAUUGUGUGGCAUAGUGAAAAGCAAGUGAAAUUAGCAACAAAUUGCUCUCGUUUACUGUAUUUUAUUUUAUGAGCAAACUUCAUUACAUUAAAUAAAGUAGUACUGAACUUAGCCACACUCUUCCAACAACACGGCAACCCAGGGCGACAUGCCGGAGAGGUGUCGGUGUCCUCGAACAUGGCACGUGACAAGACGUGACGCGACGUGACGCAAAACAUGUCAUUCUGUUGUGUGUAGGUGUCUCGCCCUUUAGCCACUAGCUGGUAAAGGCUGUACCGUGUUUUCAUUUCAAAAGGGGGGACCACAAUGGGACCCUGUAAAUGCUUUCCAAACGGUCGCGUAACAUUCCAGGGUUAGAGUUAAGGGCUAAUUCCAGUUCAGCCUCUACGUGAAAUAAAGGGGUUCACAUGAUCUCAACCAGAACACUGGUGCAGAAUGUGAUUGUUCGAGAAAUAGUGGUAAGCCGCGAUGAGAGCUGCGCCGAUGGCACAAAAAUGUGCCAUGUAGGGGCUUGCUACGAGACUUCACCACACAGGUUUUGUGGGUUGCUGCGUGGAGAUGACUUUUGUGUAAGCUGAAAAUGGCGAAAAUCUCGUGAACAAAGAUCAAAUUUCAUUAAUUAAGACUUGUAUUUAAUGCUUAUUGGUUUACUGCCCGAUCAAAUAUUUAUUGUCGCUUAGUAUUUUCGGGCCCUUUCAUCGUGUUCAACUCCCAGCAUUUUCGUAAUAUGUUUGCGGCCCAUGCAAGUCUGGACAGGUUAAGAAGUCUCGCUAAUGUUUAUCCAUAUACGUAUCCGUGCGUAUCCAUAAAGCGGGUUCAAGUCAAAUGAGAUGUAGGAUGAUCUAGUUUUGCUGGAAACCUGAACGGGAUGAAGAACUUACUGUAGCUACUUACUAUUUCACGAUGUCCCGUGGUUGCAGGUGAAUUUUUGCGAUGGGUCCCGUUGGGAGUGCUUUCUUUUUGUUCCGAUAACCAGUUAUAAUUUGUGGCUCUAUGUUGUGAGGAAGCUAUGAGUGACACUCACCUGAGGGUUCUUUAACGUGUGCCGAAAUCUGGGCACACCGUAUGUUAGCGUCCCGUGCAGAGGAAUAUGUGCCUAAGCAAAUUGUAACUUGCUACCGCCUAGCUGGCAUAGUUGGCAGUGCUUGCACCUCCAGCUUUGGGGUCAGUGAUCGGACACUCUGCCAACUGAUUCCGUAGAGGCUGAUGUUUUUUUUUUUGUGUGCAAGCAUUUCACAGUUUGAUGGAACCAACAUGACGUGUGCCAAACUGGAAGCGGAUUAAAUAAGUGACGCGUGUGCUUACGUAUAUUUACGAUGUAUCUGCGUUAAAUUACUCGCGUUACUAAUUUGGUGCUCUGUGGUUGUCAGCUUUUUAGUGUGCCCUUGAGUGGUUCUAUGUGCCUCAUGCCAAAGUUAAAAAGCUGGAAUCUACAUAGGUUACUUGGACUGUACGGACUAGUCAACAUUAAACAAUUUGUUGACUACGUCAUUCGUGGUGCACUUUGGUGACUACAUCGUUCCUGAUGUACAAAAUAGUUUUAGGUAGUCUUUACUUUUUAUCUUCAUACUUUCGUGGUCCUAAAAUGUAGUGUGCAGAUGCCGACGUCUUUUUGUGUUGUCUGUUUUCGGAGGUCUUGCCACAAGAUGAGAUAAGACGUCGUUAGAGAUAUGCAAGCUCAGAAUUGAAUUUUCAUUCAACUAAAUGAUCAUGGCCUGGAUAUAAUGUGCAGGCAACCUUGGAAUUGUCAGUGUACAAUGGUACGGGUUCAUGUAGUUGUAGUUUUCAUUCCAUUUACAUUAGUAUUACAAAGCGUAGCAUUUAUAGAGAAUAACGUGACACAUGUGGUGUUACGGUUUUGGUGUUGUGAUUUUAUAUCUUCAGAAACUUUGUUUUUCCCCAAAAGGUUGUGAUGCUUUGUGGAAUGCAAUGCACAUUUUUUUUUUUUACAUGUAGAAUAAUAAAUUAUACAUCCA